UUUAUAGUCAGAUCAUUUACAUCCUGUUCAUCAAUUAAACAAUGUUUUACAUCCAAAAUAAUAAUUUUAUUUUCAUUUUAUUUUCAAACUAUACCACUGACAGCGAACUAACGAUUUAACACAUGUGCAUAAAAUAAAUAAUAUUGUAACGAGUGAUAUUCAUGAGUUAAAAAUGUAACUUAAUUAAUGACGUAUGUAUCCUUUUUUUAUUUAUUUGCCUUUCGACUUCUUUGUGAAAAGAAAAUAUGGGAAAAGGAAAGGCACAAAUCAGCGAUUACCUCAACAUAGCACUGGUCGUUCUUUGUCCAAUUGCUUUCUUCAUUCUUGCAUCGUUUGGGUACGGAGUUGCCAAGAUUGUAAUGGGAUCGGUGCACUUCAAUGACUGCAAAAUAGAAACUUUGAUCCCAGUCUACCUAAUAGUUAGCGGCGUGUCACCAGUACUGUUCACUGGGUUUUGUUGUAAAGACAAUGAUGACGGAAGCUCUUGUGGACCUGGAACAGUGUGUGGAAUUAUUGGCUUUUUGUUUAACUUGUCCUGGCUUAUAUGUGGCAGCGUUUGGGUGUGUCCAAACUACAAAAGCCUAGUUACUGAUGAGUUUAGGCAAUGUACAGAAAAUGUUACCAUAGACUGUUUAGAAGAAGUCUGCAACAGGAGUUUGAUCACAUUUGCGUUUGCAACUGUGAUCAUUGACUGGAUGUUUAUGAGUGUGUGGAUAUGUUUCAUGUUAUAUCUGUGUUGCAAGCUCUUCGGCGGGUACUAAGAGCACUGUACGAGAAAUCAACUAUUUCAAUAGGUUUAUCAAGGUAAUGUCUGUGAAACAAAGACACUUGUGCAAUAAAUAAUUGUCUCCCAAAUGAUGCAAGUGUAGUGUACAUGAGCGGCAGUGUGUAAAUUCGAUCCAGUUGUCUAGUUGGACAUAUCAUUUCAGUAGACAUUCAAUAAACGUGAAUAUUUAAUCACGGUGUAUUAAUGCCCUUUAUCUUUUUCGUCUCUUUGGCUUUGCCAAGCACAGUUUGCAUGCACAAUAUAUCGGAAUUACUACAAUGGUUAAAAAUAGUCCACCAUAGGUUAUAGCGAGGAUAGCUCGCGAGCAUUACGGCAA